ACUUGGCCAUCGAUGUCCCUGGUCAUGGGAAGGUGGUGGUCGACAUCGGCUAUGGUGGCACUUUCUACGCCUUCCUCAGCGCUGAGCAGCUGGGCCUUGACGUGUGUUCUUCGAAGACCAGGGACCUUGUCAGUGCGGCGAGUGCAGUGACAGAAGCGGUGAAGAAACAGUUCAAGCUUCAUCACCCUGAAAGUGAAGACCUGGCUUUCCUCUACGGCACCAUACUGACAGAUGGGAAAGAUGCCUUUAGUGCAGAGCCCACCACCAACAUCUGUGUGUUUGCAGAUGAACAGGUCGACAGAAGUCCAACAGGUUCAGGUGUGACAGCUCGCAUCGCCUUGCAGUACCACAAAGGACUCAUCCAGCUGAAUCAGACCAGAACCUUUCGGAGCAGCACCACAGGGUCCUUGUUCACUGGGAAGGCAGUGAAGGAAGCAAAGUUUGGGGACUACAAUGCUGUUGUCGUGGAAGUCUCAGGAGAAGCCUUUUAUACCGGUACAGCCACCUUCACUGUUGAAGAGGAGGAUCCGCUGAAAUAUGGCUUCUUCUUCAAGUGA